CGGCGCUCUGCUCUGGCCGGUGGGCAAGGCGCCGAGCACUUCCGGGCUGGGCCGGGCCGGGCGGUGGGCGCUGCGCCUGGCACCAUGUCCUGCUCGCUGCUCCCCUUCUGCCACUUCCAGGACCUGGAGGCGGCCCGGGACUUCCUGUGCCCGUAUCUCCGCCAGGGCGGCGCCGCGGCUGCCAAGGGGAGCGUAGAUAAAUCACCAAACUGGGAAGAUGAUGGCUGGGGAGCCUGGGAUGAAGCAGAAACACAAGAACCUGAAGAAGAAGAAGCAGAAGAAGAAUCCACUUGCAAGACACAGACAAGUUACUGGCUUCAAGACUGUGUGUUAUCCUUGUCACCAGCAAAUGAUCUGAUGGUAAUAGCUCGUGAGCAGAAAGCUGUCUUUUUAGUGCCAAAAUGGAAAUAUAGCGACAAGGGAAAGGAGGAAAUGCAAUAUGCUGUUGGUUGGAGUGGCUCUCUGAAUGUUGAAGAAGGUGAAUGUGUAAGUAGUGCAUUGUGCAUUCCACUGGCAAGCCAAAAGAGAAGCUCUACAGGCCGUCCUGACUGGACCUGCAUCGUGGUAGGUUUUACCUCUGGCUACGUCCGUUUCUACACUGAGACUGGAGUCCUACUUCUUGCACAGCUCUUAAAUGAAGAUCCUGUCCUACAGCUUAAAUGCAGAACCUAUGAGGUUCCACGGCAUCCUGGAGUCACAGAACAGAAUGAAGAACUGAGUAUCCUGUAUCCAGCAGCAGUUGUGACUAUUGAUGGUUUCAGCCUCUUUCAGUCCCUUCGUGCUUGUCGUAAUCAGGUAGCAAGAGCUGCAGCAUCUGGCAAUGAGAACAUACAACCCCCACCGUUAGCCUAUAAGAAGUGGGGUUUGCAGGAUGUGGACUCCAUAGUUGACCAUGCCAGUGUGGGUCUCAUGACUCUGUCUCCUUUUGAUCAAAUGAAGACUGCCUCCAAUAUAGGUGGUUAUAAUGCAGCCAUAAAGAAUAGUCCACCUACUAUGUCUCAGUACAUUACUGUAGGCUCCAAUCCUUUCACUGGUUUCUUUUAUGCCCUGGAGGGUAGCACGCAGCCAUUGUUAUCUCACGUUGCAUUAGCAGUCGCUAGUAAACUGACUUCAGCAUUCUUUAAUGCUGCCAGUGGCUGGCUUGGUUGGAAGAGUAAACAUGAAGAAGAGGCUGUCCAAAAGCAGAAACCAAAAGUUGAACCUGCUACCCCUUUAGCUGUGAGGUUUGGACUUCCAGAUUCCCGGCGCCAUGGUGAAAGCAUAUGUCUGUCUCCAUGUAACUCGUUGGCAGCAGUAACUGAUGACUUUGGAAGAGUUCUUUUAUUGGAUGUUACACGAGGACUUGCCAUUCGCAUGUGGAAAGGAUAUCGUGAUGCACAAAUUGGUUGGAUUCAGACUGUAGAAGACCUUCACGAAAGAGAAGCUGAAAAGACGGAUUUUUCUCCUUUUGGAAGUACUCGAAGUCCAAGUAGAGUGGCUCAAUUUCUUGUGAUCUAUGCUCCAAGAAGAGGAAUCCUGGAAGUGUGGAGCACUCAGCAAGGACCCCGGGUUGGUGCCUUCAAUGUAGGGAAACACUGUAGGUUGCUGUAUCCUGGCUAUAAAAUAAUGGGUUUAAACAAUAUGACUAGUCAAGGUUGGCAGUCUCAGACUUACCAGAUCUGUCUUGUUGAUCCAGUGUCUGGAAGCAUAAAAACUGUUCAUGUACCUUUCCAUUUAGCACUAAGUGAUAAAAAGAGUGAACGAGCAAAAGAUAUGCAUCUAGUGAAGAAGUUAAGUGCUUUACUCAAAGCUAAAACCUCAAAUCUGGACAUGGUUGAAGCUGAAGCAAAGGAAUUAAUUCUUGAUAUUAAAUACCCUGCUACAAAAAAACAGGCUUUGGAAAGCAUAUUGGCAAGUGAACGUGUACCACUCUCCGCUCUCUCAAACAUCACUCAGACACUGAUGGACACCUUAAAAAACCAGGAAUUUGUGUGUGUUGAUGAAGGGUUGCUCCAGUUUUGUGCAAAUAAGUUAAAGCUGCUGCAUCUAUAUGAGUCAGUCAGCAAACUGAAUUCUUUGAGCAUGCAGCCAAGCACUCCACUCUCUGAUAAUGAUUUGGCUAAACUACUCAGGCUGGAUGACAAAGAGUUUGCUAGGCUCCAGACAUUAUUGGAAAACUACAAGCAAGAGAACACCCACACCACCGUUCGAUUUGCUGAUGACAAAGAUGGUAUAUUGCCUGUGAAAAUGUUCUUGGAGUAUUUAGAAUAUGAAAAGGACAUGAUUCUAGUGAAGAAACUAGAUGAAGGAGAAUACGUGGCUUUAGGGAGCUUUUUUUUCUGGAAAUGUUUGUGUGGAGAGAGUUCCACAGAGGAAAUGUGCCAUACACUGGAGUCUGCAGGAUUUAGCCCUCAGCUAUUAUUGUCUCUGCUUCUCAGUGUGUGGCUUUCCAAGGAAAAAGAUAUUCUAGAUGAACCACAGUCUAUCUGCUGUCUUCACACUAUGCUGUCCCUUCUGAGCAAAAUGAAAGUUGCGAUAGAUGAGUCUUGGGAUUCUCAAUCAGUUUCCCCCUGGUGGCAGCAAAUGCGCACAGCUUGUAUUCAGUCUGAAAAUAAUGGAGCUGCCUUAUUAUCUGCACACGUUGGGCAUUCUGUAACUGCACAGAUCACUGACAGUAUGGCAGAAAAAAAAUUUUCCCAAACAGUUGUAGGUGCUGACACAGAUUCCUGGGAAGCACUUUCCCUUGAUACUGAAUAUUGGAAACUUCUACUGAAACAAUUAGAAGAUUGUCUCAUACUUCAGAUACUAUUGCACAGUAAAGUGAGAACAAGGACAACCAGAGUAUCAUCUCUGCAGGCUGAGCCACUCUGCAGACUCUCUGUAAAGAAGUUGCUUGAAGGAGGGAAAGGAGGUAUUGCUGACAGUGUAGCAAAAUGGAUUUUCAAACAAGACUUCAGUCCCAUAAUACUGAAGCUGGCACAACGGAAAAAAGAGACAGAAAGUACAGAGGAACCUGUAGAAAUUGACAGGAAUGUUUCCCUUGAGAAACAAGGAGCAGAGACGGGCAUGGAAACAAUCCUAGAGUUGCUGCAUUUAGCAUAUCAGCAGUUUCCUUGUAGUCUUGAAUUGGAUAUACUACACACGCAUUGUUGUUGGGAAUAUGUAGUGCAAUGGAAUAAAGAUCCGGAGGAAGCACGUUUUCUCAUUAGAUCUAUAGAUCACCUCAGAUGCAUUGUUAAUGCCCACAUACAGCAUGGUAUUGCUCUAAUGAUGUGGAAUACAUUUAUAGUAAAAAGGCUCUCUGCUGCUACGUUCCUAAUGGACAAGGUUGGAAAAGCUCCGAAGGACAGAUUAUGCAGAAGGGAUGUAGGUAUGGGUGAUACUGCAAUGACAUCUUUUCUUGGCUCAUGUUCAGAUCUUCUUCAAACCUUAAUGGAGGCUGAUGUUAGUAGUGAUGAAAUGCAAGCUCCAGUAUUGGACACAGAAGAUGCCUGGGUAUCAGCUGAAGGACCAAUCUCAAUAGUAGAGCUAGCCCUGGAGCAGAAACACAUCCACUACCCACUUGUCGAACACCAGUCAGUAUUGUGCACUAUAUUAUACGGAAUCAUGAGGUUUUCUCUGAAGAGUGUGAAACCUCUCUCACUAUUUGACAGUAAGGGCAAAAAUGCAUUUUUCAAAGACCUGACUUCAAUUCAGUUGCUGCCCAGUGGGGAUAUGGAUCCAAACGUGUUAUCCAUACGCCAACAAUUCUUAAUGAAAGCUGUGAGUGCAAUGGUACAAGGCCAGUGCUCCGCACAAAAGGCCAGAGGGCUCCCAGAAGAGGCACCACUUCCUGCUGAAAAAGACAAGGACUGGCCAACUUUGGCUCUGGAUUUGGCACAGCACCUGCAGCUCAGUGAGGAUGUGAUUAGAAGGCAUUAUGUGUGUGAACUGUAUAAUUACGGCCUGGAUCAUCUCGGAGAAGAGGCCAUUCUUCAAGUGCAUGACAAAGAAGUGCUUGCAUCACAGCUACUUGUGCUGACAGGACAGAGACUGGCCUAUGCUUUACUACACACACAGACGAAAGAAGGCAUGGAGCUGCUGGCCAGACUUCCUCCAACACUAUGUACCUGGCUUAAAGCUAUGGACCCACACGAUCUUCAAAAUGUCGAAGUGCCAAUUGCAACAACAGCGAAACUAGUAAACAAAGUAAUAGAGCACUUACCGGAAAACCACGGGCAAUAUAGCCUUGCCUUGAAUCUGAUUGAGGCUGUAGAAGCAAUCUCUUCAUGACAAUUUACAUACUAGUUUUAAACAGUUCUGCUGUAAGAUGAGGUAGUGCAUGAUUUUACACACUGAGGCUGACCUUUGUAAAGGGAAACAUUCAUGUGGCUUUUGUAAAAUAAACUUAAUUUAAAAAGCAAAUGCUUUUACAAUGGAGUCCAUCUAAGUUCUACCCUAUUGUGCAUAAUAUAUUAGGAGCUAGUAAUCUUUGUACAUUUGUCAAUAACUCAAGUGCUCCACUAUUUAUUUCCAACUCAAGCACUUGUGCUCUAGCUUAAAUAGAUUGUUACAUUUAACAGCAGUUUUAUUCCACUUAUUUACAAAUUAUAUUCUUACCUUAACAUGUGAGAUUCUAUAUUUCAUACUCUGAAAAAACAUUAAAUGUAUUUUCCAUAUAUGCUUGGUUAUUGGACAACAGUCAGUUGCAUAAAUCUGUAUCAUGUAAGGAAAAAUGUUAGGCUAUCAUGUUUUUCUGAAAUAAAAAUGGUUGUGUUUAAUUUCCAUAAAAGAGUUCUAUUCUGAAGGGCCCCUAGUAGUUAAUCUUCAGAGGAGCCAGAGUUGAUGGAGGGGCUCACUUCCUGUAACAGCAGUACAAAACACCUUGCAUUUUCAAUGGGGAUAAAA